AAAAAAAUUAGAAAUAGUAAACAGUUGUUUAAGGGCAUUUGUAGACCGGCAAACAGCCGCGUAUUCGUCCACUUCCUCCCUCUUUCCCCUUCCUCUCUUCCUCACUAUAGAUCCUCACAACUCUUCCUUCUGGACUUCAAAAUUCCGCUAACCACCCUUUCUAUGUUUUAUAGAUCUUUACUUAGCUUUUUCCUUUUCAAUUAAUCAAAACCUUAAACUAGAAUGGGUGUCAAAGGUUUCGUUGAAGGCGGUAUUGCCUCAAUUGUGGCGGGCUGCUCCACUCAUCCCCUCGAUCUCCUCAAAGUUCGUAUGCAACUCCAAGGUGAAAACCUCCCCGGCACAAACCUUAACCAACAAAACCUCCAUUCACUCCGCCCGGCUCCGGCUUUUCAAUCCAGUUCCGCCACCGUCAUUCCCUCUAAGUCCCUUCAUAUCCCUGUUUCAACUGCUCAACCACAACCUCCACGCGUCGGCCUCGUCUCCGUCGGCAAGCGGAUCGUCCAAAGCGAAGGCGUUGCCGCUUUAUUCUCCGGUGUGUCCGCUACCGUGCUCCGUCAAACACUCUAUUCCACCACCCGCAUGGGCCUCUACGAUGUAUUUAAACAAAAGUGGACUGAUAAAGACACUAACAACAUGCCUUUGACUAGAAAGAUAGCAGCCGGUUUAAUCGCCGGAGGAAUCGGUGCGGCAGUUGGUAACCCCGCUGACGUGGCAAUGGUUCGAAUGCAAGCCGACGGUCGGCUCCCUCCCGCUCAGCGCCGUAACUACACGAGCGUGAUCGACGCCAUUACGCGAAUGUCAAAACAGGAAGGAGUUACUAGCCUGUGGCGCGGAUCAUCGCUUACGGUGAACCGGGCGAUGAUAGGGACGGCCUCACAGUUAGCGUCGUACGAUCAGAUCAAGGAGAUGAUAUUAGAGAAGGGAGUGAUGAGUGAUGGAUUGGGGACUCACGUGACGGCGAGUUUCGCGGCGGGGUUCGUGGUGGCAGUUGCGACGAAUCCGAUAGAUGUUAUAAAGACGAGAGUUAUGAACAUGAAGGUUGAGGCCGGAAUGAAACCGGCUUAUAGUGGGGCCAUAGAUUGCGCGUUGAAGACUGUGAGGGCUGAGGGGCCCAUGGCGCUAUAUAAAGGAUUUAUUCCUACGAUUUCCAAGCAGGGACCAUUCACUGUGGUGUUGUUUGUGACACUGGAGCAAGUUAGGAAACUGCUGAAAGAGUUUUGAUUAUGAUGAUGAUGAAAAAUUUGAGAAUUGAAUUGUUCCAUUGAUUAUUAUUUUUUAAAAAUUAUGUUGAUUUCGGUUGAUAUGAUGAGAAGAGGAAUUUAUGUUUCCUUAAUGAGAUUAUUUGUGCUGGGAUAUUAAAAUUGUCUUUGAAUUUAAGUUUGAACAAGAAGAAGAUGGGAAAUUGUAGACGUUCAUAGAUGUUGCGGUGUCUUUGCCUAUAGACGUGUGGUAGGCACAGGCACGCCUUUGAUUAAGGAUCGUAGAAGCUACUUAAUGGGUGGAAUGGAACUUUAAGUUUAAGCAAUCAGAACUCAGAAGGAAAUAGUCUGGUGUUUAAAUUCUACUACAAUCAUAUCAAUUAAACUACUAUCCUAAUAAAAGAUAAUAGAAGCCACCUCACCCUUUGAACCAGAUUUCUUGGAAUUGCAAGCAGCGGUAGGCUUGGAGUUGCUAUUGUUUGUUGAAUCCAGCUGCUGGUUUUGAGAUGAAUUUUUAUUCGGUUUAGAAGUUGAUUCCCGCUUCCUCUCGUGAUUGUUAUUUUCUGCAGCUCCAUCCAAACAAAUAUCCUGCUGGAUUAUUAUUUGGUCAAGAAACAAGUUAGUAGGUUUCACGUUGAGACUAUUACUCAACAAUAUGCCUCAAAUUCCAGCAUAAAUUUACCUUGCUUG